CCCAACACCUGACCUGAGGGCAGCAGAUUGAUUGACAGACACGUACCGAUCGAAUCAUCCAGCACUUGCAGCUCCAGCUUAAUAAUCAGCUGCUGCUAGUUCAGUGCACUAUCCUAAUUUCCUAGUCUCCUACCAGAGUCAUGGCGCCUCCUUCCCAUGAGAACAGCAGGUCAUCGGAGUCGGCGUUGGCGGCGCCGGUCGUGGUGACGACGGUGGACGUGGUGACGGCGGCGAGCGAGCUGCAGCAGGAGAAGCAGGUCAAGUACCUGGACGUGAGGACGGAGGAGGAGAUGUCCAAGGGGCAUCUGCACGGCUCGCUCAAUGUCCCCUACAUGUUCCUCACACCACAAGGGAGCCGGGAGAAGAAUCCUGAGUUCGUGGAGCAGGUCGCCUCGCUCUUCACCAAAGACCAGCACAUACUUGUCGGUUGUCAGAGCGGCAAGAGGUCCGAGCUAGCAUGCAUCGACCUACUAGCAGCGGGGUUCAGGAAUGUCAAGAACGUGGGAGGAGGCUACCUUGCUUGGGUGGACAACGGAUUCCCAGUGCACACACCAAUUACACCACCACCAAAUUAAUCAGGCUGGCUCCUCUGCAGCUGGUAUAUAACAACCAGUGCUCAACAUACUGAGCAAAGCUAGCCAGAUGAUUGAGAACUUGCAUAACUCUGGCCCUGAUCAGCUAAAUAAAAUGGGGGGAAUUACAAUGUCUGCCCACCUUACUACUGCUUUGGAACCCAAUUAAGUGCAUGUUGUAUCUGUGGUGCUAAUGAAUCCAUAUACAUAUUGUGGUGCUACUGAAUCCAUAUACAUAUGCAUAUUGUGGUGCUCAUGGAUCCUUUUUACUAUGCAAA